GCGGGGCGAGUAGCGGGGAUUGGCAGUCGCGCUGUCCAAUCGGAUCACGGUGCGCUGGAAGCCGGAACCCCCGGAGAUGCCGCUCCGCGCCGUGCUCAGGGCCGCGGCCUCGCUGCGCCGCUGCGGUCCAGGACCGUCACUCCCCACCACCGCCACCCCUCUCUUUCUCCCCGCUCUCCCGCCGCCGCCCCCCAGACCCGCCCCCAUGGCCACGCUGAAUCAGAUGCACCGCAAGGGCCGCCCCGCGCCGCCCCCCCGCAAACUGGGGCCCACUCAGGGCCGCCCCCAGAUCAAGGGGGUGGUGCUGAAGAACCUGAUCCGCAAGCCCAAGAAGCCGAACUCCGCGAACCGGCGGUGCGUGCGGGUGCGGCUCAGCACGGGCAAGGAGGUGGUCGCGUUCGUGCCCGGCGAGGGGCACAACCUGCAGGAGCACCACGUGGUGCUGGUGCAGGGCGGCCGCACCCAGGACCUGCCCGGCGUCAAACUCACCGUGGUCAGGGGCAAGUACGACUGUGCCCACGUGCAGAAGAAGAAAUGAGAGUGGGGGUCACCCCCCUCGGGGGGCCCGAGCGGGGGAGUAGCUGCGCCAGGGGGUGCGAAGCGAGAAUUAAAGGCGGUUCGUUGUGC